AUGCCUGAUUACUUCUUCCAUGUGGCUAUCGAAGUGUGCUCUAACCCAGACCUGACCGUAAAACAAGCAGAACCGCCGAACCUAUCCUAUUUCUUCAAGUCGUUGAGACCGUUCACGAACCGCAGCCCACGAACGACUCGGGAUCAUCACUUGGACAGAAAACGUGAAUUUCACACGCAGCAGGCCCAAAACAUACGUGGUGCAGCCGAAGAGCCUGCUUCCAACAGAAUACCUCAUAAUCCGUCUAUCCGCCCCUCUGCUGCGGAUGACCACCGUUUCGACACAGUCUACGUGGACAGCGUGGAUAUGACAGGCGCAAGCAAAGACCUAACAACAGAAGACCCCGAUGGAAAAUCGGAAGAUCUCUUGAACCGCGGGAUCGGAUCGAAUAUCUCAACCUCGUACCUCAAAGGCCGCUUCUCGCACACCUCAUAUGAUGACAGCACCGCCGCUUCCUGGGGAAUCGUUCAUCUGUACCGCGAUGCGGCUCCUACGCCAUCUCUCGCCGUCUCAUCCUCUCGUCCCUACCAGUCCUCAGAUCUUUGGUCAAACACACCGCAGCUUGGACAAGCGAAAACACCACAUCCCCCACCAACGGACGCCGAAUGUACAACUCUUUGUAUUCUGGCCGUGCCUAGCUACAUGACACCCUCAGACUUCCUCGCCUUUGUUGGUCCCGGUACCCGCGAAGCCGUCUCGCACUUCCGCAUGCUGCGAACGCAGCGCCAGAACCGCUAUAUGGUUCUCAUGAAAUUUCGCGAAGGCAAGAUUGCAAGAAAAUGGCAAGCAGAAUGGAACGGCAAGGUGUGGAAUGCCAUGGAGCCGGAGACAUGCCAUGUAGUAUUCUUGAAGAGCGUUGAAUUGGUGGCGACAACUUCUACAACUAUGAAGAGCCAUGUAACUGGUACCGAGAGUUCCUAUCCAGAAGUGGCAGGCGACCCAUUCAUGCCAUCCAGCGCCACAUCCUCAACACGACCAUUGGCACCGCCUACACCCUCACUCGUCGAACUCCCGACCUGCCCCGUCUGCCUGGAACGCAUGGAUGAAACUACGGGUCUCCUCACCAUACCGUGCCAGCAUGUCUUCCACUGCACCUGUCUUCAGAAAUGGUCUGGAGGCGGUUGCCCCGUCUGCCGAUACACUCACGAUGACUUCUCUUCACGCAGCGGCUUCGGUAAGAAGACCAAGAAAACCAAGAAGCUAGGUAAGGACGGUAGUUGGGAAGAAUACGAAGUUGAUGACGGCGUUCUGGAGUGUGAGACCUGUCAUGAAGAUGGCGGGAGCUUGUGGCAGUGUCUGAUAUGCGGAAAGGUGGGAUGCGGACGGUAUGAGGGCAAGCACGCGUUCACACAUUACGAGGAAAGUGGACAUCUGUUUGCCAUGGACCUGGCGAGCAAGCGUGUAUGGGACUAUGCUGGGGAUGGCUAUGUCCACCGUAUCAUGGUCGAAGAGCGAAGCGCGGAUAAGGACGGUGUCGAAGUAGGUGUGCGCGAGGUUACUGAUUCCGAGUAUGGCGAUAGCCUGCCUGGGAAGGGUGACCCAAGCGCCGAUAUCGAGAAUUUGGCCCUUGAGUACACGCAUCUCCUGACCAGUCAGCUCGACUCGCAGCGAGUUUACUUUGAGGAAAUCGUGGAGCGAGCCGUCGACAAAGCGACUGAAGCUUCCAAGAAGGCGGAGCAUGCCGAAGCGGAAGCCAGAGGUGCCACCGACCGCUUGCGCAAGUUAGAGGCGGACAACGACUUUGUUACAAAAGGCAAGGUGCCGGAGCUCGAGAAGGAGCGUGAUCGUUGGCAAGCCAAGGCGCGCAAGCUGGAGGAUAUGGCCAAGGACAUCAACUCUAAGUAUCUCGAGGAGAAAGCUGCAGUCAAAGGCUUGAUGUCACGGAUACAACAUCUUGAGUCUACGGAACUUGCAGGCCUCAGAAACCAAAUCCAGAGCUUACAAGAGGAUAAUGCGACCAAGGAUCUCCUGAUGGAGGGCUUGAGAGAGGAGCAUCGCGAUGCGAUGGUGCAGGUGAGCGCCGAGCGGCAGCUCCGGGAGAUGGUUGAAAGAGGCGAAAUCGAAGUGGGCGAGCUCGAGGGCGCUGAGGUGUCGGUGGGCAAGCGGCCAUUGACAGCGCGAGAGCGCCUGCAGGAGCGCAUCCAGACGGAGCGCCAGGUUCGGAGCGGCAAGAAAGGCAUCGCCAAAGCAGCUGACGAGAAGCCGAAGAGCAAGCAGCAAUCUCAGGCUGCUGAGGUCCCCAGUUCAGAGCGCGGGCUCAGCGCAACCGACUCGUUGUUGGACACAUUACUAGCAUCCAGCAGCGACGGCGAGGUUCUCACCCGUGGCGAUGCUUACGACAACGAUCGGGCCCGGGGGCUGCUCGCGGAAAUGCGGCAGAAGAUGCUUGAUCUAGGCCUGUUGAAACUUCCCCCGACCACAGACAAGGCUGACCAUCGGGCUGUCGAUGAAGGUGGGGCGGCAGGGGAGAAGCAAAAGCAAACCAGCGGUGAAGAUGUCGGUCUGCAGGACCUGCACGAGGCUGGCCUUGGCGCGUCCUCCGCUGCGCCGGGCGGAGACGGUGCUGGUAGGCGUAAGGGAAGGAAAGGCAAGGGACGGCGCUGA